UUGCUGUGAGUCGGCAUCAACUCGGUGGCAGUGAGCUGGAGGGGUGCCUGUUUUUGUUUUGUCUUAGUACUUUUCUGGCAGGAUCCUGGGAACAGUAUUGAAGCACCGUCGCCCUGGUGGCAAGGAGGUUACUCCCGGGGCUGCUAAACACAAAGUUGGCGGUUCAAACCCCGCAGCUGUUCCUUGGCAGGAAAAAAGGAAGCUGUUUGCUGUUAGGAUCGACUGUCUCAGAAACUACUAAGCAGUUCUAUCGUGCCCUGCAGGCUCCCUGUGAAGCACGCUCCAUAACAGUGGGUGACACAGGCAGCAGAAACCAUGGUCCAGCAGCUGCUCUACCGUGCCCUGGUCUCCUCCAAAUGGCUGGCGGAAUCGGUCCGGGCUGGCAAGCUGGGGCCCAGCCUGCGGGUGCUGGACGCGUCCUGGUACUCGCCGGGCACCCGGGAAGCUCGCAAGGAGUACCUGGAGCGCCAUGUGCCGGGCGCCUCCUUCUUUGACAUCGAGGAGUGCCGGGACACGGCGUCCCCCUACGAGAUGAUGCUGCCCAGCGAGGCGCACUUUGCCAACUACGUGGGCCGCCUGGGCAUCGGCAACGACACCCACGUGGUGGUGUAUGACGGCGAUGAGCUGGGCACCUUCUACGCGCCCCGGGUCUGGUGGAUGUUCCGAGUGUUUGGCCACCGGACCGUGUCGGUGCUCAACGGCGGCUUCCGGAACUGGCUGAAGGAGGGCCACCCAGUGACAUCGGAGCCCUCGUGUCCAGAGCCGGCCACCUUCAAAGCCACACUGGACCAUUCGCUGGUCAAGACCUACGAGCAGGUGCUGGAGAACCUCAAAUCAAAGCAGUUCCAGCUGGUGGAUUCAAGGGCGCAAGGGCGCUACCUGGGCACCCAGCCGGAGCCAGAUGCAGUAGGUAGGUAAU